UAAAAAAAGGGGGAAAAACCAAAAUAGCUUCUAAAAAUAAAAAUAAUCUCACCCACCGUCGAGGGUAAUUCCGUAAAUUUCCAACAGAACUCCAUUCCCGCGGCGUAGCAAGAGGGUAGUUCUGUAAAUUAAGCAAUAUCCACUCGUCGGAGUUAGUUUCACGGUGUCGUCGUCUCUCUCCUUCAAUUAAAAAAAAAAACAUGAAACUGAAUCGCGGCGGUGGAGAGCACGGCCACCACCACCACCACCACAACCACCACGAGGCCCUGAAGUUUUCCAGUUUCUUCUUCAUGCCGGAGCGGCCACGCGAGUAUCUCCUUCUUUUCACUCGCUUCUCCGUCCUCACCUGCCUCAUCGUCUCCGUCUCUCUCGUUCUCCGCACCACUUUUCUAUCCUCCUCCGCGCCGGAAUAUUCCUCCUCUUACGGUCUCCGAUUCCCCGCCGUGCCACAGAAAGCCAUAGCUCUCCCGCCGACAAGAUCCACCGGGCCGGUUACCAUCUCCCACAUCCAGUUCUGCAUCGCCGGAGCAGCCGAGACCUGGCUCGAUCGGAGCCAAUACACCUCCUUAUGGUGGCGAAACACCACUCGUGGAUUCGUCUGGCUCGAUAAACCGGUUAAGAUCCCCGAUAACCAAUCCGAUAACCGAUUCUCAAUCCCGGUUCGAGUUUCCGAUCCAGGCUGGACCCGGUUCAGAUUCUCCAGCUCGCAAGCCGCGGUUCGGAUCGCACGCGUGAUCUGGGAUAGCUACCGUCUGAACCUCCCCGACGUGCGGUGGUUCGUGAUGGGAGACGACGACACCGUCUUCUUCCCGGAGAAUCUCGUCAAGGUCCUCUCGAAGUACGACCACGAGCAGAUGUGGUACGUCGGGGGGAACUCGGAGAGCGUCGAGCAGGACGUGAUGCACGCGUACGACAUGGCGUUCGGCGGCGGCGGUUUCGCGAUCAGCCGCCCGCUCGCGGCGCGUUUGGCGAACGCGAUGGACGGGUGUCUCCAGCGGUAUUUCUACUUCUACGGCUCGGAUCAGAGGAUCGCGGCUUGCGUUAGCGAGAUCGGCGUUCCGUUCACCGAAGAACGCGGGUUUCACCAGCUUGACAUAAGAGGAGAUCCAUACGGGUUUCUAGCAGCGCAUCCAUUAACACCUCUUGUAUCGCUGCAUCACCUCGUAUACUUAGAUCCGAUGUUCCCUAACAAAACCCCCAUCGAGUCUUUACAAGCCCUUAUGAAACCCUACACGUUAGACCCGCAUAGAAUACUACAACAGAUUCAUUGCUACGACCGCAAGCGUCAAUGGUCCAUAUCCAUCUCGUGGGGAUACUCCAUUCAGAUAUACACUUACUUCUUGACCGCUAAGGAGCUGGAUACGCCGUUGCAGACUUUCAAAACUUGGCGGUCUUCGAGCGAUGGACCUUUCACGUUUAACACCCGGCCCUUGAAACCUGACCCGUGUGAGCGACCCGUGACUUAUUUCAUGGAUGGAGCAGAGGAUGUGAGGGAUAGUGGGACGAAGACUUGGUAUAGCGUAGGGGAUAAGAAGUAUGGGCAUUGCGGAAAGAGUGAGUAUUCUCGGGUGACCAAAGUGAAGAGGAUAUUGGUGACCUCGAUGAAGAUGGAUCCUGAGUAUUGGAACAAGGCACCACGAAGACCGUGUUGCGAGGUAAUGGAAGGAAGAGGAAGAAGAAAGGAGGAGGAAAUGUCGAUAAGGAUUAGAAAGUGCAGAUCUGCGGAGAUGAUAUAAAAGCAACGUUUUGGUUAGAGAGAAACAUUUGCACAUACGACUUCAUUUAGAUUCAAUCAUAGUUGGUUUCCUAAAUUUCUGGUACCAUGAAGUGACGAUUUACUCUUAUCAAUACCUGGUCUCAUGUGUAUUUCAGUCUGCAAACGUUCGUCUCUUUGUAUUAUUAGUCAAAAUAAUAUCAAAACUCCAUAGUUAUACACU